AUGGCAGGAAAAAGAAAAGAUAAAGAUAAUAGUAGUAGUGAUGAUAGCAGUAGUGAAGAUGAUAUAAAAAAGAAAAAAUUAAAAACAAAUACUCCAUUAAUCAAAGUAUCGGUGACAUCAAACGAUAAUAAAAAUAAACAAUUAACAGAUAUUUUAACAGAAUUAAGUGUUUUCGAAAAGAAUAAGGGACAGGUACACAGAUUUACAGCGUAUAGAAAAGCAGUUCUUUCAAUUAAAGCAUACCCACACGAAAUUAAAAGUGGUUUGGAGGCUCAAAAGCUAGAUGGUGUAGGUGCAAAAAUUGCAAAAAAAAUAGAUGAAAUCUUAAAAACAGGUGAUUUAAAGAAAUUAAAAAGUCAAAACCAAGAUGAAACUUUAACCGCAAUAAAUCAAUUAUCUAGAGUUACCGGUAUUGGUCCACAAAAAGCAAAGUCCUUAGUAGAGGAGGGUAUCAAAACUAUUGAUGACUUAAAGAAAAUCAAAAACACACUGACCCAUCAUCAACAAAUUGGCUUAAAAUACUUUAGUGAAUUUGAACAAAGGGUACCAAGAAAAGAAAUAGAGGUAUUUGAAAAGCUAGUUAGUAAUAGUUUGUUUUCAAUUGAUCCAAAUAUUAUUUCGCAGGUUUGUGGUAGUUAUCGUAGAGGUUUAGAGUCAAGUGGAGAUAUAGAUAUUUUGAUAAGCCAUCCCAAUUUUACAUUGGAAAUGAAGGAUAAAAAGAAAACAUUUAAUAUCAUUGAAAAACUAGUAGAAUCAUUAAAAAAGAAACAUAUAUUAAUUGACGAUUUAAGUUUAGGUCCUCUUAAAUAUAUGGGUGUUUGUAAAUUAGUAUCAACUGAAAUUUCAGAACAACAUAUUGCAAGAAGAAUUGAUUUUAAAUUAAUUCCAUACGAAUCUUAUUAUUUUGGAUUACUUCACAACACUGGUAGCGAUGAAUUUAAUAGACAAAUGAGAGGUAUAGCAUUAAAACAGGGUUUUACCUUAUCAGAAUAUUCAAUAAAUAAAUUAUCAAAGGGCGUCAAAAACGAAACUCCAAUUUUGGUCAAUAGCGAAAAAGAAAUUUUUGAUAUCAUUGGUAUGGAAUAUUAUCCACCAAAUAAAAGAAAUCUUUAA